AGAUGCUUCUUGGACAACCACUGCUCACUGACAUCACCCCGACUCUCUGUCUUCUCACUGCAGCACACUGAACCAGUGUCAUUCGCCAACAGGUUCCUGGAUUGUUUCCACAGGCUGCACAAUGGCCUCUGCACUGUGGAGGUGUCCAACAUUUCACUGCCUCCUGCUCUUUCUCGCCUGCUUUCACUAUUCACAAGGGUUCAGCCGCGCGGCCUUGCCUUUCGGGCUGGUCAGGAGAGAACUCUCGUGCGAAGGAUACGCAAUUGAUCUCCGCUGCCCGGGGAGUGAUGUCAUUAUGAUCGAGACGGCCAACUACGGCCGCACUGACGACAAGAUCUGUGACGCUGACCCGUUCCAGAUGGAGAACGUCAACUGCUACCUCCCAGACGCCUACAAGAUUAUAUCACAACGGUGCAACAACCGUACGCAGUGUGUGGUUGUCACUGGCUCUGAUGUCUUUCCUGAUCCAUGCCCUGGCACCUACAAGUACUUAGAGGUCCAGUAUGAGUGUGUUCCCUAUAUUUUCAUUUGUCCUGGGACUCUGAAGGGUGUCGGCGUUGCCACCUUCUUGUAUGAAGCGGAGCAGCAAGCAGGGUCGUGGUGCAAAGACCCAUUGCAGGCUGGAGACAAGGUUUUCUUCAUGCCCUGGACACCGUAUCGCACCGACACCCUCAUAGAGUACGCCUCUCUGGAGGACUUCAAGAACAGCCGCCAGACAACCACCUAUAAACUACCUCACCGCGUUGACGGGACAGGUUUUGUAGCCUACGACGGUGCCAUCUUUUUUAACAAGGAACGCACGCGUAACAUUGUCAAGUUUGACCUGCGCACACGCAUCAAGAGUGGCGAGGCCAUCGUUAAUAACGCCAACUAUCACGACACCUCGCCGUACCGUUGGGGCGGUAAGACGGACAUCGACCUGGCGGUGGACGAGCGGGGCUUAUGGGUCAUCUAUGCCACGGAGCAAAACAACGGGCGAAUUGUGGUGAGCCAGCUCAACCCCUACACGUUACGCUUUGAGGCCACCUGGGAUACGGCGUAUGACAAGCGCUCUGCCUCCAACGCCUUCAUGGUGUGCGGCGUGCUACAUGUGGUGCGCUCGACCUAUGAGGAGAAUGAGAGCGAGGCUAGCCGGAGCCAGAUUGAUUACAUCUACAACACCAAGCUGAGCCAGGGCGAGUACACCGACAUUCUAUUCCCAAACCAGUACCAGUACAUCACCGCUGUGGAUUACAACCCCCGGGACAACCAGCUGUACGUGUGGAAUAACUUUUACAUCCUGCGCUACGACCUAGACUUCGGUCCGCCGGAUCCUGAUGAAGUGCCAACUCCAGAAGAUUUGUCUCCCUCGUCGUCCGUGCCCAAGACCACCGCCGUUAUCACCACGACGGCAGCCUCCACCCUGAAGGGGCACGCUGGUACCACGGUAGCCGGGGCAGACCCCAGGGAUGGUAGAGACCCGUUUGAAGAUUCUCGUAGUUCAGGUACAGCCGAGCCCACCAUCCCUGAAUUGCAGCCCGCACCUAGACGCUUCUGUGAGGUGACCAGGAGGAGAGCCAUCGACUGGCCCCAGACUCACACUGGAACCACGGUGGAGCGGCCCUGUCCCAAAGGGACCAGAGGCAUCGCCUCCUUCCUCUGCACUGUGGCAGGAUCCUGGGGCUCCAAAGGGCCAGACCUCAGCAACUGCACCUCCCACUGGGUGACUCAAGUGGCUCAAAAGAUUCGGAGCGGCGAAAAUGCUGCCAAUUUAGCCAACGAGCUGGCGCGACACACGCAGGGCCCGGUGUUUGCCGGCGACGUCAGCUCCUCCGUGCGGCUCAUGGAGCAGUUAGUGGACAUCCUGGAUGCUCAGCUGCAGGAAUACCGGCCCAGCGAGAAGGACUCGGCUGGGCGCAGUUUCAAUAAGCUUCAAACAAGAGAGAAGACAUGCAGGGCAUAUAUGAAGGCAAUUGUGGACACUGUUGACAACCUCCUGAGGCCGGAAGCCCUGAAAUCCUGGAAAGACAUGAAUUCCACCGAACAAACGCACGCCGCCACCAUGUUACUGGAUACUCUAGAGGAAGGGGCGUUUGUCCUUGCAGAAAACCUGAUCGAACCCGCUAUCGUGAAAGUGCCCGCAGAGAAUAUCAUGCUGGAGGUGUAUGUGUUGAGUACUGAUGGUCAGGUACAAGACUUCAGGUUUCCUCAGACAAGCCGGGGUGGAGCGUCUCUUCAGCUUUCAUCCAACACGGUCAAAGUGAACAGCAAAAACGGUGUAGCCAAGCUGGUAUUUGUGCUUUACAAACACUUGGGUCAAUUCCUCAGCACGGAGAACGCCACGCUGAGGGGGAUGGGGGAAGUCGGCAAACGCAACCUCACCCUCACCGUCAACUCUCACAUCCUGUCAGCCUCUAUUACCAAAGAAUCCAGCCGCGUGUUUGUAGCUGACCCUGUGAUCUUCACUCUGGAGCACCUGGAUAAGGAGCACUACUACAAUCCCAACUGCUCCUUUUGGAAUUACUCAGAGAGGAGCAUGAUGGGAUACUGGUCUACUCAAGGCUGCAAACUGCUGGAAACUAACAAAAGUCACACGACUUGCUCCUGCAGCCACUUGACCAACUUCGCCAUCCUCAUGGCUCAUCGAGGAAAUGUGGGUGAGGGCGGCGUCCAUGAGCUUCUUCUUACCGUCAUCACCAGGAUGGGCAUUGCCGUGUCCCUUGUCUGCCUGGCCAUUAGCCUCUUUACCUUCUGCUUCUUUAGAGGUCUGCAGAGUGACCGCAAUACCAUCCACAAAAACCUCUGCCUCAACCUGUUCAUUGGCGAGCUGGUCUUCCUCGUGGGCAUCAACAUGACUGAACCAAAGCUGGUGUGCUCCAUCAUCGCCGGCGUUCUCCACUUCUGCUUUCUGGCUGCUUUUGCCUGGAUGUGUCUGGAGGGCGUGCAGCUGUACCUCAUGCUGGUGGAAGUGUUUGAGAGCGAGUUCUCACGCAGGAAGUACUACUAUGUCUCCGGAUACCUCUUUCCGGCCGCGGUGGUUGGCAUUUCGUUGGCCAUUGACUACCGGAGCUACGGCACCCAGCGGGCAUGCUGGCUGAGAGUUGAUAACCAUUUCAUCUGGAGUUUCAUUGGGCCUGUGACCUUCAUCAUCGUGGUCAAUGUCAUCUUCCUGGUGGUGACGAUGUACAAGAUGGUGAAGCACUCCACCUCCAUGAAACCCGACUCGUCCCGACUGGGGGGUAUCAGGUCAUGGGUGUUGGGAGCAUUCGUCCUGCUUUGUCUUCUAGGCCUGACGUGGUCCUUUGGUUUGUUCUUUCUCAAUGAAUCUUCUAUCGUGAUGGCUUACCUCUUCACCAUCUUCAACACUCUGCAAGGGAUGUUCAUCUUCAUAUUCCACUGCCUCCUGCAGAAAAAGGUCCGCAAAGAGUACAGCAAAUGUUUCCGUCAGUCCCAGUGCUGUGGUGCGCUGCCUCCCGAAGGUCCCCACAGCUCAGCCAAGACGACCGCUUCCCGAUCCACAGCCCGCUACUCAUCUGCUACACAGAGCCGCAUCAGGCGGAUGUGGAACGACACCGUGAGGAAGCAGUCAGAGUCGUCUUUCAUCUCAGGAGACAUAAACAGCACCUCCACACUCAACCAGGGGAUGACUGGCAACUACCUCCUAACUAACCCUCUCCUCCGAACCCACGACACUAACCCUUAUAACAACCUGCUGGCAGAAACGGUCGUCUGCAACACCCCCUCCCCACCGGCCUUUCACUCCCCAGGACAGCACUCUCUGACCAACAGCAGGGACAUUAGCGCCAUGGACACCCUCCCCCUCAACGGCAAUUUCAACAACAGCUAUUCCCUGCGUGACGACGACUACGAGGCUGUGGGCGUCCGCGCCCCUGGUGACCUGGGAGGCCUCAACCUGCCUGACGCCGCCUUUGAGAAGAUGAUCAUAUCUGAAAUCGUGCACAACAACCUGAGGCCUCGCGGGGCUCCCAAAGGACGCGACGCCCAGCGAGAGAGGGACAGAGCCCUGCCGGCGCAGACCAGGGUGGCAGUGGACCGAGGUGGGGACGGGAGCGGCAGCGAGGAUGACGCCAUCAUCGCCGAUCACGCCGAGGCGUCAUCCCCGCAGAGAGGGAGUGGAAGAGGAGGCCACGCCACUUUGGAGCUGCUUCUGCACCCCCACCACAAGGAGGUGCUGGAGGCCCCCCUCCUGCCCCAGAGGACUCACUCCCUCCUCUACAGUGCCCAGAAAGCCCCGCGGUGCCUGGAGGGGCCCGACGGCCAUCCCUCAGAGACUGUAACCGCGAUGGACAACGCGGGGUCUGAUUCACCCAACAAUAACAGAGACUCCCUGUACACCAGCAUGCCAAACUUGAAAGACUCAACCUCAGCGUCCCCGUACCCGCCGGAAGAGGAGGAGGAUCAGGAGGAGGAGGGGGGACUCUGCCCGUCACCUCGAAGCGAGAGCGAGGACGUGUAUCAUAAAAGCAUGCCCGAUCUUGGCGAUCCACCCCAGCCCUUGUCGUAUUACCAUAUAAACCGAGGCACCAGCGACGGGUGCAUCGUCCCGCCCGCCGACGAAAACUGCCCGCAUGUAGGCGACGUGCCCAAUGAUGGACAGAUGCAGCUGAUAACCAGCCUUUGAACCGAUGGCCAGGCGUCUUUGUUUGCACAGGUUCUAACAGAUGGGCACGUUUGGUCAAUGUCAAACAGCUGGCACGUAUGGCUCUCCACACCCCACGUACUCUUCCCGUUGGAACGGGAGGCGAGACAUUGUUGGGUGGGAAAGGAAUAAAUAAACGACUUUUUUGCACACAGAUCUCAUUAACACACAAAACACGUCCAUCUGCGGCCGGACAAAUGUGGACUGUGAACGCUUUGCCGUUGGACUGAAGAGGCACGGAGAACGACGCGCAGUCCGAGGAAAGUCCGGCGUCUGUUGUCCUGUUGACAAAAAGAAAAGUUGAAGUUUGGGGAUAAAACAUAUUCCCAGCAAAUAACAAAGACUCUCUCCUGUAUAUUUCUGAGGGGACUUUUCAUAACCAGGGUCUUUUUAGUCGUGGAGCACAAAACUAGAACACGUGUGGCUCCUCUACAGUCCAGACUGUAACGUUAAGAAACCACUAAUUCAGACUCAGGCCUUCUAUUUUUCUCUAUUGCACAUUUAACUGUUGUCAAAGUAACAGCUAAAGAAAAUAUAUUUUGCUGUACCACUAGUGUAAAACGUGAAAAAGAAGAAGAAAAAAAAAGCAAAGAAAUGGGAACUGUUCAGUAGUUUACGCCCUUUCGAUGUUGAUAAAGUUCUUCAGAAAAGGUUAAUCAAAUGGUGGAAAUGUGUGUUUUCUUCUCACACUUGACUUGUUGUAGAAUGUUUGAAUAUAAAAACAAUAAUUAAAAAACAAACAAAAAAAUGUUUCGCGAGACCAUGCUCACAUCUCUGCUUAUCAAGUGCUUUUGCAUUCAUGAAUGAUGACUUUUUUAGUUGUUUUUGUUAACACCAGGCCGUGCACCGAUCGGAGUGAAUUGGACACUUGUGUAAUUUAUUUUACUUGAGUGAAAACCGUGAGGAUUUUAAGACUUCUGUUUGUGUCAAAGUGAUGCUGCAGUUUUACAGCAAUUUUAUCCUUUGAUGCCAAUUAAUUUAUUAACUAUUCAACAAAAAAACAACAGCAAAAAGUCUAAAAGAACGUGGUGGAAAGCGUGACUUGUUACGGCACUGAUUUAAGUUCAUUUUCCUUCUUUUCUAAGAGCCCAUCAUCAGCUGAUAUUUAAUUCAACUCCUGUUUGAUAUAAAUAAAUGUGAAUUUUUUUCUU